AUGUCGUCUCGAAACGCUCCAAGCGGGUGCGUUGCACCCUCCCCAGCCACUGCUGCUCCGCCUUCGCCCACGAAUCUGCGACUAACUGUUGGGCAACCGGUCAGCGAGUCGGCCAACGAACCAGGCAGUGAACCAGAGGAGCGACUUCUCCAGGACGGAUAUUGGGAGUACGGACGGUUUUAUGGUAACUGGAAGAAAGGAAAGUACAAUUUUCCAAUUGAUAAGGAGGAGCUCAGUAGGCUGGAUAUUCUCCACAAGUACUUUAUCGUAGAAACAGAAGAUCGCGUUACUUCCGUUCCUUUAGAUAAAGAAGGACGACCGAAAAUCAUGGAUCUCGGAACGGGCACAGGUAUUUGGGCAUUCCAUCUUGUGGAAGGUUACAUUCCGAAUGCCCAAAUCAUGGCUGUUGAUCUCAACCAGAUUCAGCCAGCCCUCAUCCCUCCAGGUGUAACUACAAAGCAAUUUGAUAUUGAGGAGCCUUCAUGGGAACCACUCCUCCGCGACUGCGACUUGAUCCAUCUUCGGCUGCUCUAUGGAAGUAUCAAAGACGAUCUGUGGGCCGAUACUUACCGCAAAAUUUUCGAGCACUUGGCCCCUGGAGGCUACGUUGAGCAUUUGGAGAUAGACUGGACACCGCAAUGGGAUGGCGACGACCGUCCCACACACUCAGCUAUUCGUGAGUGGUCUCAGCAAUUUCACCGCGCUAUGCAUCGAUACCGCCGCAGUGUCAAAGUAUCGUCCGAAGAUACCAAGCGCAUGGUAGAAGCAGCUGGCUUCACUGAUUUUAAAGAAACUACGGUCCGGUGCUAUGUGAAUCCGUGGUCUACCGAUCGCCACCAGCGAGAGGCUGCUCGGUGGUUCAAUCUGGCCUUGGGCCUAGGCCUCGAGGCUAUGAGCUUGAUGCCCAUGAUUGACAUGCUGCAUAUGAAGAAAGAGGAUGUUGUAGACCUCUGUAAACGGGUUAAAGCCGAAACUUGCGUUCUGCGCUACCACGCCUACUUUACUCUACACACCUGGACGGCCAAGAAACCCGCCAGCCCGCCCCAGUAA